CAAAGAGUGAUCCCAUUCACGGCUCAGGUUUGUUUUGCCCUGACAGCUGUUUGGUUGCAUUGCACGCCUCGAAUCAUUUACUACUUUUGAUAGGUUUUAGUUUUUAUGUUUUCUUUUAAAAUGCCUUUUUGCAAGAGGAUCGUGCGCCCUGUGCAAGUUUGCCGUUUGCACGGCGAAGGGAGAAGGCUGUCAGCCUUGGAGAAUCUGAUCGAUGUGUCCAGUUUUACUUUGGGAAGUGUCCUGAGGCAGCUUUCGGAUCUGGCGAGAGAGGCGGUGAGUGUGUUGCAGGAGAUCGAGCUGGAGAUCGGAUCUAUUAACCAUCGGGCGCUGCUACUGGAGGUCAGAAUCAUCGGUUUACACAGAUACGUGUCAGCCCUGGCUCUGAGACCUGCUGCACCCUCUGGAUCAAACUUGGAUCAGGAGAGCAAGAGAACUGCCCACUUCAAAUCGUUAUGGCAACAAAAUGUAAAUGUGUUCGGCUCCUCUUCCAGACCACCCUGUGUGGAGGAAUUGCAUCAAGAGGCCCAACUCAACCUUCAGGCUCUGCUUCAAGAAAAGUUUGGUGAGCCUACGGUACAAAACGACGUGGCUGCAAACACCUUCGGACACAAACCAUUUCUCAACAGAGAGGUCCUUCCUGACAGCUGUCCCAGAAAAGGGGAGAAGCGGAUGGAAUUUGUAUUGAUGCCAAGCACAAGGUCUAAUAGUGAGGAUGAGACAACCACCAUUGGUAUAAGACCACAAGAGCUAUUUCUGAACUCGCCAUCUACACCGGAUAAGCCACGCAAGUGGAUUCAGGCCAUACCACAAUCAACACCAGAGGAAAAGAGGUGGCACCCGACACGGACUGUUCAGGCGGAUCUCGUACCCAUCAAUGUGACUGGGGAAACCCUUGAGCGGCACGCGAACACGCGCCACUCUUUAUUCAACAUAGAGACCGCAAUGAACCCAAAGAGUACACUGAGGAGGAGACGAACAGUCACUGGCUUGCACGAGUCAGCUCAGCCUCAGCAAGGCUCUUCAACAGAAGAUUCCACAUCUCCUCACAUGCCAAUGACUGCAGAGGCAACCCAGCGUCUCUUUACUUUUGAUGAAGAUAUGAAUGUUGCCAAUGGGAAAAGGGAUGUGGUCAGCAAUCUUGGAAUAGGACAAUCUUUCCCCACUACACUCAGGAAAGUACAUAGUGAUCUGGGUCAAAUAACCAAUCCAAAUCUAACUCAAUCUUCAGGGAAUAUCACAUUCACCAUGAACAAUGCACCAAUGAUGCACAUGUCCUUUAGCGAACAUAGUUUCUCUUCACUUAACUCUUCUUGGGAUCAAAUGAAAGGAAUUAACUUUUCUUCUUCCUGGAAUAAUUCAAGUGGUGUAAACCCACCAAACUCUGUAUCAGCAGAAGCCAUGCAUGUUGAUGGAUGUGCUCUAAAUACAUUCAGUCAGACUUACCGCAGCGUCCAGUCUCACACACAGCAUGCAUUUUGUUCCCCAGCUCAAAAACAACUGUUGCCUCAUGCUAGCACAUCCAAUCCAGGAGAACCAUGUCAUUGUUCAGAGAACCAGAUGGAAGGUCAUCAUUCCUCCAGCGGAACUUGUAAUGGCAGCAAUUCCAUGUGUGCUCCUCACAUUUCAGAUAUGGCUCUAUCUGUGUCACUUCAAUGUUUGAAACAUUCUUCACAAUGUGACUCGGAACUAUCACUGAAUGCUGGCUCCCAUUCAGAAUGCAAUGUUGCAUUAUCAACCUUUAAUCCAAGGGAAGGCCAAACACAAAAUACCACACGUCCUGUGUUUGGCUCUUUCAUGCCAAGUCAAGGGGAAACAUCAGUGAGAGCUCAGAAUCUUAAGGAUAUAAGAACUAACCAUGAACGAAUUAUAGUUUACACAACCAAUGACCCAGAUGAAGAAAAAAACUCAAACCUGGAACUCUCAGGUCAUUCUAAUACAGAUACUUGCAAGUUCCGCGAGAGAUCAUUGUCAACUCCAACAGAUUCUGGGUCAUGUUGUUCAUCAGAUGCUGUAAGAUGCUAUGAUUCCAAGAGUUAUGACCACUCCCGGCGGCAUAGUGAGAAUUACAUCAUGCGUUAUCCAAGUGCCAGCUCAGAGGAUAGCCAAAGCACUGAGAAUGUAUCUGUGAUAACAGAUCAGGAGGGAUCACAGAAAACAAGGACUCGAUCAAGAAGCAUCUCUCUGAAAAAGCCAAAGAAGAAACCUGUUCCUCCAGUGCGCAGUGUUUCUCUGAAGAAAUUUGGAGCUAGUCCUAAACUUGUGGAACCUGCACCAAGCAUCUCACCUGGAGAAAGUAGACCUACAAAGCUCUUUAUCCCUUCAGAGAAGCAAGUAGUUCAAAGUGAAUCGGUAGACAGCAAUGAAUCCAGUGGCUUUAUAUCAGAUGCCCGUUCUAGUUCUGCUACACCCACACUGAGAGAUGGAGAACCCAUUCGGUACCCAGAACAUUGGUUCCUUAAUGAUUGGAAGUCCAAUGAUCCAUACAGAUCAUUAUCAAAUUCUAGUACUGCCACAGGUAUAACUGUAAUUGAAUGUGCAAAGUCUCGUGGCAGUUCUGAAUCCUUGACAUCUCCAUCUAUUUCAAGAGCCACUACACCAUCCCAAUUAUCUGUGGAGGCUGAAUCUAAAAUGUCUUCUCCAGGGAAGCUCCCUGGUUUGAUGUCACCGUCCAGUGGUUAUUCAAGCCAGUCAGAAACUCCAACAUCUGCUUUCUCUAUGUCUGUUUAUCAAGGCCAUGUACCACAAGCAGUUGGCAAAGCAAAGCCCAAGGUGCCAGAGCGGAAGUCUUCAUUGCAACCAACUUCCCCAAAUGAAAAGAGCCCAAAGUCAAAGCGUGUCUUUGAUCUACCCAUUACUCCACCUGCUCAUUUAGAUCUGUCAGGACUUAAGCUAUCUUUUAAAAGCAAAUCCAAAGCCAGCAGACGGCAUUCUGAUUCCUCAAAUAGUAUUAAACCAAGCCAGAAACAUAGCCCUAACCAAGCUUCUAUGCCUGUGAUAACACAGACUGUUCUGGAGUCUGUACGCCUACGCUCAGUCAGCAGAUCAGAAAUUGAGGAUAAUGCAGAAAUUUUAAACUCACCACAGGAAACCCAAACUGACUCUUCUGAAACAUCUCAGAAAAAAAUCCGACCACCUGUUCCUGGAAAGCCACCAAUGUCAAAGAGGCCUUCAAGUAUUUUACUGAAGAUUUCUCCCACUGAGCAGGCAACUCCUGUUGCUUCACAGCUUUCAGAGGCAACUUCAAGAAAAUGUUUUGCCACGGUCUUUAGAAAGGUUGGGGUAAAGAAACAAGACUCUGUGGAAGGUGUAGCAAGUCAGAAACCUUUGGCAUCACUGGAAACUGCACCCCAUCAACCUAACUACCUUCAAAGUCACCACAUGGGUAACAAACAAACAAGAGCAACUCCAGCCACUGCAGAUGAGAGUCAAAGGAAAAGUUUUACAGAGCUAACCAGGAGUUCCACUCAAUAUACUGAGAAAAAGAAAAAUAAGACUCCGCCCCCUGUACCUAAGAAACCAAAUGUGCUGAUUGUACCAACUAAUACAGCACACAUACUUGUAGUCACAGAUAGAUCAAAGCGGAGCCCACUACACAGCCCAGCUGCCACUCCAGAUUCCAACAGUGCCAAUAUUUCAUUUACCAAUGUUACAUUUGAAAAAAGUUUAGAAGCGACCGAUAUGAUUGCAUCACAUGGUCGGAACGUUGAUCCAAGUAUAGAGACUGUACCAAGAAGUAGCAUUCAUUUCGAGGGAAACCCGAAUAAAGAAUACAGUGAUGGAUAUGGGCCAUGCCAAAAUAUAACACUGAGUAAUGCUCCGGGUCAGAAUCCUACAGACAUUUUUUUGAAUCUGGCAACUAAACAGAGAAGUCCCAUAGGUGCACAGAGUGGAGACAUUGUAAUGGAGGAUGACGAUGAUGUCUUUAUCUCCUCAGGCGUCCUACGCUCCACUGAAGAUCUCUUCACUGUUAUUCACAGGUCAAAGAGGAAGGUGCUGGGAUGGAAAGAGCCUGGAGAACCAUUCAAUAUCAGGCACGUGGCUGUUUCACCUGUCAAACCCCCUGCAACACCUCCUAACAGUGGACUCAAACUUUCUCCCUCGACCAGUGGGAGUGGGGCCAAAACCAGCACCAGCAACGAGAACUUUAAGGCCUUAUUACAGAAGAAGGGCAGCAAGCCUGCAUCUGGCAUGCGCAUGUCCGCAGCUGAGCUCCUGAAAAGCACCAACCCACUUGCGAGAAGGAUUGCAACAGAGUUUACACAGGAGUCGGAAAGGUGCCAGCCCAUAAUGGAGCCAAUUUCGGAAAGGUGUCAGCCCAUACUGAAGCCAGUUUCUCCUGAAAACACGUCAAGAAGUUAGAGCUAUACCAAUUCCUGAAGAGCAAGGAGAGGCGAUUAAUGUUUUCUGUCUUGUUGAAUGUAAAUUUUUAAUUUUUGAUCUAUCACUGGAGCUAUCAUUCUGGUCAGAAGGAAGGAAUAAGCUUUGCACAAUCCUAUGAAUGCAAACUCGAGUGAUGAUGUGUUCUUCUUUUGGAAGUCAACAAAAAUUCAAAACAUUUAAGUGACAGACUUUUAAUGCAAACUGUUAUUUGGAUCAAGAAUUCUGAAGAAAUUCCUCAAUGUAAGGUGGAGGAUAUGGGAUGGUCUGAUUGAUCUGAGGUUAGUGUUAGUUAGACUGGAAAAGCCUGGAGCAUUGUAAAAAUGUACAGCAGACAAUCUACAUUCCAGCCUGGCAAUCUAGGUGUUCUAAGGCCUUAUAGGGAACUGAUCAUUUAAAAGUCUGCUCCAUGCACGAUACUUUGAGCAGUCAUGCUUAGGUUCUGUUUCUAAAUUUUAAUGCACCUUCAGUGAGUAAUGCUUAACAAUGUAAACCAAUCCAACAGUAAACUGAAUUUGUGGGGAUUUUUUUUUUAACCAUUGUGUACUCCUAAUGCGAUGAUGGAAAGAUUUCUUCCCAGAGCUGCCGGAGGUCCAUAAAUUCUGAUCGAAGGUGUUCGUACUACAAGAAUCCUGAGAAGAAAAUGACAUGAUUAGAGUCACGCUUCAGCUCCACACUGCCACUUGGUCCACAUUUAUUCUGUGAGCCUCGACUCACAAUGAGGCUUCAGGAGAAGAAGGACCUCUCUUUAAGAUUGUAAAAUAGUUGGCUUUCGCUCUGUGACUGAGAGACUAUGCCCAUGUUUACUGAGGCUCAAGAAAUCUUAUCUUGUUUCCCCACCCGUCUUCCCCUCAUCCUCUAAAGAAAGCCCUGGAAACAAGAGUAGAGGCAAAAUGCAGGGUCCAGUAGCUCCAUUGCUGAGGUCUUGAAAAUGGAUAGCUGUAUACUGAUGUUCUGACUAUUUGCUUAAGAAGCAGUUGCUUGCCUGAUCUGUAAUCUUUAUUGAAAUAGUGCCUCCUAUUAAGUUGUUAAUUUUAUCAAUAUACUGUAAUAUGUAAUAUGGCAUCAAUAUACAAGAGUUAUUUCAAAGUUUUUUGGUUUUAGAUCAAAGGAGACACCUUUGAAUUUGGAAGCUUUCAAAAGGCCCAAGUGCUGCCUUGUCAUGAUAUACAACAAUGAUCUGAAUGUAGAAACUCUAGAUUGUUUUUAGCCUUGGUUUGAGGGGGUCUGUUGUUAGCCCACUGGUUCUAAUCAUACAAAUGGUUUAAAUAUUGCAGAAAUUCUUUGUCCUUGUGCUUCUUUUAUGUUUUAUUUUAUUCAUAAGGUAAGCAAAAUUCUCUAUGAACUGGAAGGUGAACCACAUCUUGAGGUGAAAAUUUCUCAUUCAGAUUCACAGCCACAUUCAUCCCAACCAUAAGGAAAGCUAUACACCUUGCAGGCCACAGCCGAUGCUGUGCAAUUCUCAGCCCAGAGCCAGUGCUGUGCACCUCAUAGCCUGCAGCCAGUGCUGUGUGCCUCACAGCCCAGAGCCAGUGCUGUAUGCCUCACAGCCUGCAGCCAGUGCUGUGUGCCUCACAGCCUACAGCCAGUGCUGUGCACCUCGCAGCCCAGAGCCAGUGCUGUGUGCCUCACUGCCCAUAGCCAGUGCUGUGUUCCUCUGUCAGCCCACAGUCAGUGUUGUGCUUCUGCCAGUCCACAGUGAGUGUUGUGCUUCUGCCAGCCCACAGUCAGUGUUGUGCUCCUCUCAACUGACAGCCAAUGCUAUGGUCCUGCCAGCCCAAAACCUGGGCUAUGCCCAACUUAGGGUCAAAGCUAUGAUUUGUAGUGCCAAGCCAGGAUGCACCUUUCACAAUCCAGCGACAAGGUUGUGUCCAUCUUUGGUCUUGUCCAUUGCAUCUUCGAACCCAAUUUGUGCACUUUCCAGUCAUAUGUUUAUCCCAAUCCAUAUUAACAGUGUAACAAUCCCUACACUGAGCCAGUGCUUUGUCCAUUCCACUCUAGAACCAUGGUUGUGGCUAUCCUAACCUGAACUAGGUUUGUGCCCAGUGGCACCCCAGUUACUACCAUUUUUGGCAGUAACUCUGUAUUUGAAGCAGGAGGCAGGAGUAUUUAACCUAAAUAUUUCUACUGGUAAUUAGAAAUCUUAAUUAGUGUAAUUAAGUUAACAGAGUUUUCUUGUUAAAUUUAUUUUGCUCCUGCCACUGAGGACAGCUGGAUAUCACUAUCCCAUCCACUUGAGAGCACAUUAGCAUACCUCCCAGUCCCUGUCUGAGUUUCAUAUUUAUCUCAGGGUACUCUGUGUCUGGAGGAAAUUCAAUUGAUUAAAGAGUUAAAUAUCUCUGAUUAGUUAAAAAUAUAUUGGUAAUGGUAAAACUCUGUCUUCAUAAUUUGCGGACGGUGUGUUAUUAUCUGAGUGAGUUACACUUUACCAGUUAAUGGAUUGAAACUUUCUGUAAAUAUUCAAUAUUUUAUCUUAUUCUUGAAUGUAUGAGAUUUUCCCUGCCCUCCCCCAAGCGUCACGCAUUGAAAGCAUCAACAUUUCUUAACCAGACUGUGCUUGCGAUGUCGCAUUGUGGUGGGGAUAAGCAAUCAAAUGCACCUUGUGAUAAAAGCCAUGUUCCACCAUGUCAGAAUGCAGUGAUCAUUCAUCCUGUGAAUAGGGAGAGAAGAGUGCACUUCACUUGAGAGAAGUUCAUUGCUUUGUGUCUGUGAUGUCUUGCACUUAAACAUUUGAAAUUAAUUGUGCGUUUUAAAAGUGACUCAGGAAAUUGGGAAUGAUCUACAGUUAUUUUUACAUAUAUUAGAAAAUGCAUUUGCCUCCCCCACAGCUUAGAGUGAUAAAUAAAUAUUAAUUGUAUAAUCUUUUGAGACAAUCAUUAAAAAAAACUUGAAGCAAAUUUUAUUUCAAAUUAGUUUUUCUUUCUUAGACCCC